CGUCCGCAAACCUCUGUCGCUGAGUACAAAUAACCUCUUGACAUGUUGGUUCCGUAUACUUGCUGCCACUCAGAGCACUGAGCGAUAACUUCACCGACCCGGUAACUCUUCAAGUUUAGGAGCAGGCUAUGGAGGGACCGUGAGAGCAUCUGGAGUAAAAUACUUGUGCGGGUCGGUCUGCAACUUGGGGAGGCUGCACCUGUCCAGGAUGAGAGUGAGAAGGCGCAGACUGUUUCUGCUAUGUUGUGCCAGCGCUUGCGUGGUGUCCCUUCUGUCCUGCUACGGCGUGUUCCACCUGCCUCGCCAAGGCCUGCACCUGAAGACAACCACCAUCCUUGGUGGUUUCCUCUGGGGAGACCCGCUGGUUGCCACCCACCCACAAAGCAACUUGCUCUCACGCAUUUAUAACCACAAUGUGGCAGAAAAGUCACUGAAGCAAAAUUCAUAUCGAAAGGACCUAGCAGAGGAGGUUUUGGUCCUGCCAGACCCCACUGGUCCAAACGGUGAACUUCACAAAAGGGCAUAUGUUCUACACGAUGACCUCAAUUCCUACUUCGCUCGCACAGAGACGGGAGAUCUGUGCUUCCGUGAAGGGAUGGAAGUGGCUUCACCCAAGGUCAAAGAGAGGGAAACCAUAGACAACACAGGUCUAAGAAUAAUACUGCACCACCAGGAGGAAGAGAAUCAGGUCCCCAUGAACCUCACCAUCAAGGUGGAGCAGUGUGUCUGCCGCCCAGCUUGGCACGGUCCUGAAUGCGGUGUGCCAACGGUGGUGCAACACUCAAAUAUUCCCACCAAAUCCCACCUGUCGCCCAGGAAGGUUCCACGUAGAAUUAUCAAUGCCAUUAACAUCAAUCAUGAGUUUGACCUAUUGCACACCCGGUUCCACGAGCUGGCUGAUGCUGUGGACGUGUUCUUGGUCUGUGAGUCUAACUUCACGGCGUACGGCAAGUCCAAACCCCUUACCUUCCUGCAGCUGCUACUCAAUGGGACGUUCAAUUAUGUCAAACACAAGAUUCUUUACAUCUUCCUCGACCACUUCCCCAGGGGCGGCCGAAUCAAUGGCUGGAUUGCCGACGAUUAUCUUCGCACCUUCUUGACAAAAAACGGAUUAUCGAGGAUUUGGGGCCUGAGGCCGGAUGACGUUUUCCUUCUGAAUGACGCGGAUGAGAUUCCCCUGAGGGAGGGAAUUAUUUUCCUCAAACUUUAUGACGGCUGGACGGAACCGUUUGGAAUCCACUUGCGUAAAUCCUUGUACGGGUUUUACUGGAAGCAGCUGGGAACGUUGGACGUGCUGUCUGGGUGCACUGUGGCCAUGCUUAUCAUGGUCUACAGGUGGGACGGAAUUCUGCUACGGCGCCGGGAUUAUUACACCAUGCCGGGAUUCCGGCAGUAUGAGAAUGCUUCGGGAAGCAUUCUAAUGCCGUGGUCUAUUGGCAGCCCGGUCCACUAUGCUGGAUGGCACUGCUCAUGGUGCUUUAAACCAGAGGGCAUUCAUUACAAACUAAUCUCAGCACAAAAUGGGGACUUCCCUCGCUGGGGAGACUUUGAGGAGAAGCGGAAACUGAGCUACAUCAGAGGGUUAAUACGAACUGGGGGCUGGUUUGAUGGCUCGAAACCACAGUACCCACCAACACACCCUAAAGAGCACAUGUUUGCUCCUAAAUACUUGCUUGAUAAUUAUGAGCGUUAUCACUACUUGCUGGAGAAUCCAUAUGCAAAGCCUUGAGGAGGAGGAGGACAGACACAAACACUGCGUAUGAUUUGGGCUGCUAGUUUUAUCUUUAUUUUUUAAAAGUAAAAAGCACUGUUAUGCAGCUGCAAAGCACUUUGUUUUCUGUUGUACCUGAAACUGAGGCACAUGCACCCAUGCCCUGUUCUGCUUGCUUUAAAUGUCUGUUGAGAGUAACAUGUCAGUGAUAUCCUCCAAGAAUUAGAAGACUCUCACAGUGGCGUAGAUGAAUUGUAUUACUGAAUGACUGUUAUAAUCCUUUAAAACAGUUCUAAUCCAUUAUAAUCAUCUUUAUGUACCUUACGUACAAAAACGCUGUCCUUUGUGCUUCUGAAUACACCAGGUUUCAUCCUUGUUUUCGUGAAAACUCCUCUCUUCCGGUCUCCCUGUCUGGUGUGCCGCAGCAGGGGAUGGUGGGGACGUAAGGGAUAAAGGCUCUUUCACACUAAACCAUCAAUGUAGGCCAGGCUGUGCUUUCCUGACAUUUCACCCAUGGCUCCAGACUGGCAGAGGAAUGCGAGGCCGCUGUCCUGAUCGUGUGGGGCUGGCACAGAAGAGCCGAGGGGAUUACGCAUCAGGAACUUGGUGCUCCAUACCGACACAGAGUCAGUACACUCUGGCUCUUCAGUGAACAGCUCCAGUGAACACCUCCAGUGACACCAAAACAAUGUAGUCUAAUGUAGGGUGUAGUUUUCAUUUUGCCAUGUUUUACCGAGGUCACUGUUAAAAAAUAAUGCUCUUGCAUUUUUCAUUGUUCUAAUGAUUGUAUUUUUGUAUCUAAUGACAAAUGAUUGUAUUUUAAUGUGACAUUCUUCUUCAUUUCCUUGUAUUAAGUAGGUGAUACAGAGUCCCUUCAUUAACCCCUACCUACUCAAUUGAUCAUUGUUCUAUUAUAUUUUUGGUGAGUAAUUUAUGGUAAACCAGCAGGCAAAAAUGAUGUUUUUCUUUUCUGUUCAGAGAUUAAUGUAAUUUGAAAAAUAAUUCUGUUGGAUUUGAGUUGGGUGGGAUGUCAGAUUUGCCAAGGUAGCAGCAUUAGUGAGAUGUUUACAUCACCACCCCGUUGAGGUUGGGCAGCGAUGCAUAAUAAGUCCCAGACACUCUCUCACGUCUUUAUCAAGGUUUGCUGAAAGUCCGUGUGAAAUCGCUUUACAUCGGAAAUGUGCAGCGUGUGGCUGUAACGGUGUCGGCCCGAAUGGAGCAGGGCGUGGAGCAGGACGCACAGACUCCCUAAACGGUGACUGACAUUUAUUACCAUAAACCGUAGACAACAACGGCGGUACUCACACAUAACACUUACGGUGAUCAUGACUAUACACUUAACAUUAAAUGAAGAAAACACACACAUUCAUAGUGACUACACAAACCCACGUUACCGCUACAUCUACAAAGACAGACAGCGACAAUCACCAACAGGGAGCACACACUGACGGGUUCAAAUAGACAGACAAACAAGUAACAGUAAACCCUGUGCAGGUGUGUGCUAUCCCCGGGGGGCACUUACAAACACGUGAGUCCCCCUGCACGCAGCGAGCCGUACGGAGUGACUCAUGGGGGGAGGAGCCUUCCGUGACAGUGGAUAUACCCAGUUCAGCCUCAUAAUGUCUCGGUGAACUUUAGCUAAACCAGCUGGCAUUCUGGAUGUACUUUUUUCUCAUCAUGUUUUAUAGUGGUCUGUUUUCCUACAGGAGAGACUCUUGUUUUAGAGUCUGAUGCCUCAAACGUAAGGCUAAUCCGCACUGCUCCUGCGGGUCUGUCAUGUACCACUGCCACUAACGCUGGGUUGUCUGUGUUGCCAAGGAGAUGCCAGUGUCAAUCUUUAUGCAAU